AAAGAGCAUAUAUAAUCGCGCCUAAACGCACGUUAACCUCACGGCCUGGCUGGUUGGCUGGCUGGCGCGUCGCCUGUAAGUCGAAAUGUAAGCACAAUGCGAGAGAGAAACGUGAAAAGUGAAGCGCUAGUUCGAAAGUGAAGUCGUACGAAAGCGCGCGCGUACUUACGUCCUAACAUCACGUAUUUUUUGACACUUCUCUCGACCACGGUGUCACACGCACGCAGGAUCUCCCCUCCAGGUGGUGAUCCAACAUUCUCUCUGCAGAGAAUAUUUCUUUGUGAAGAUAAUUCCAAUCGGUCCCUUUGACUUUCUUUCUUUCUUUUUUCCCUUUUUGUCUGUUGCGUGUAUCUCGAGGAAUCAUGAACAACUCGCCGCAGAAUACCGAGGUGGCCGGGCAACAACACCGUGCCGGCGUUGAGAACAGCGACGAGGAGGAAUGGAGUGGUGUCGUGGAAUGUGUAAUGUUAUUACAUCGACUCGUGUAUCGAAAGAAUGAUUUUUAUUUGCUGAAACAGCCUUCCUCAAGCAGUUUCUUGUUGCCCAUUUCGAGUUGUUUUUCGUGGUCAAGGAAAUUCUGUGGAUUGCACAACGCUGUGCUGGAGAGAUCAAAAUCAGAUCGAGUAACAAGGGCGGAUGAAGAUAGACGUCGUCGUACCAUCAUCGUUGAGAAGAAAAAUGGUACAUACGGUUUUACGUUACAGAGUUAUGGGAUACAUUACAAGAGGGAACAGGAAAUCGAGAUGGUCACGUACGUCGACUAUGUGGAAUACGAUGGGCCAGCGUUCAAAGCAGGGAUGCGAGAAGGUGACGUGAUACUUUCGAUAAAUGGCCACGAAAUGGACAGAGCAGAUCACAAAACAUUGGUCAAUUUUAUAAAGAACUGUGAUACCAGGAUGCGAAUGGUUGUGUCCUUUGAAGACUGCGUGAGAAAGGUGGAAUUACAUAUGCGCUACAUCGAAUUACAACGUGCUCUUCAAUCACGCCUCGGUGAAUUAGAGAGACUCUGCGAGAGAGAACGGUCUAUUCUCAUGGGUCGAUGGAAAACCCAUUCACUGCCAGCACGCAAGAGAACGCCUAACAGUAUGAUUACGAGUAACCCCAAUCAACCAUCGCCAUCAUCAAGUUUCAAUUCUUCCACCAUUCAAUGCUGUCGGCCUGCUACAUCCACGGAACAUCUGUUACUUUAUAACGUGGUAUCCUGUAUAAAAAUAUCUCCUGCGCCUUUUCCAGAUGGACGGCCGUGUUUAGUUCCUCGGAACACCGCUUGCUUAGUAACAGUAGGACCACCCCGUUCGCGAAGCGAUCAUCACCAUUUUCUCUCAAAGAUGUCGAGCGAAUCAGGGGCGACAGUUUCGUCGCGGCAUAGCUAUCACCAGGCAAACGGGAUGAACAGCACGCCAGCCAAAUCGAAAUCGCACAAAUCGUGUCAACAGCAACAGCAACAACAGUCGAAUGCUAGCGGUGAUUCGCUUCCUCUGCAUCCUCCGCCCCAGAAUAGCCUUUGCGUUGCCUGCAUCUCAAGCGCUAGUCGUCGUAGGGAACAAUCGGAUAGUGGUAGUUUGGACGCUUAUGACUUAGCCAGUCCAUGCUGUGACCCAAAUUGCGUGCCCAGUCGUAGACGCCGAGAGAAACAAAGGAGGGCAAGAAACGAGCAAAAUCAUCAUUCGCAACAGCAACAACAGCAGCAGCAGCAGCAGCAACAACAACAACAACAACAACAACAGCAACAAGUACAGCAUCAUCAUGUACAGUCGCAACAAUCGCAACAACAGCAGCAACACGGUGCGCAUAAUUGUUCGCGUACAUCGGGACAUAGUCUGCAUUCUGUUACCAGUAGCGAUAUCUCGACCGCAGCUGAAAGCGUGGCCUCUUGUUCGACGAGCCUAAGUACGGAUACCCUCUACUGGGAUCCAAGCGUACAUCAACGACCACCGCCGUGCCUUCAGUAUGCUAAACCAAAGUCCUGGGACAAUUUGACUACCAAGGCGUUCGGUGGCUACGGUUUCGGAUACGGUUACUUGGAUACAGCUACUAUAAAAACGCACAGUGCAGAGAGGCCUGGGAAAAGUGCGCACGGACGCGCGAAAACGCCUACUGGAACUGUACAGAGGAGAACGAGCAGCGGCACUACGUAUUCCGGUAGUUCCAACAGACACUUCCAGCCAACCAAGUCUACCGAAAGUUUGUUAAUACCGCCACCGUAUCAGGGCGAGCUGGAUGCAAGUCUAAGCUGUGAAUGUCUGGAUGGGCCAGCUCCGCGGUGCAUGCCGGUGAUUCAAGUAGAAAAGCACAAUCGGCAGGAAGAGGCUGGAUAUAUUAUCAAUACGCACGCUCAGGUUCGACAUCGACGAUCCAGCCAUUCCGAUGGGAAAUUAAGGGCACUAAAUAAUUCCGAAGUGACGCGUCUGUAA